GUGACGUUCCCCGAUAUCAUUCCGGACAUAUUGCCCCAUUUGUCAUCAAAGAAUCCUCAGGUCAAGGAGGGUGCCGUCAAGUUUUUGCAUCGAUGCAUGUUGAAUACAAAGACUCCUCCCGACUCUCAACAGAUCAAGCCUCUGUCAGAAGGAGUUGCGAACUUAUUGGGAGAUAGUGUUGAAGGUGUACGAAACGAGUCUGCCGAAGCCCUCGGAGUUCUCAUGAAGAUUGUCGGAGAAAGAGCAAUGAAUCCGGUUUUGGAACCUUUGGAUGAUCUUCGCAAAGCAAAGGUCAAAGAGGCCUUUGACAAGGCCGUGGUCAAAUGCAAAGUCGGUUCAGCUGCUCCGGCUCCACGAGCCGCUGCCAAGGCAGAGCCACCAAAGAAAAAGGCAGCGGCUCCAAAGCCCAAAGAGGAAGCUACAGGAGAAGAGGAAGAGAAGCCUGCACCUCCUCCGAAACUGCCUGCCAAACUGGCAGCUAAGCUAGGGGCAAAGAAACCUCCAGCAGCGGCUGGUGGGGAAGGAUCCUCCUCUGCUGGCCCUUCAGCUGCUUCUGCUCCAGCACCAAAGAAACCGGUAGUGGCAGCACCAGCCAAGGCCUCGGCAAAAGUCGCUCCCCCAGUUGCGACAGACACAUUCAAGUUCCGUUUCACGCCAGAAGACGCCGAGGAACGUAUCAAUGAGCUAAUUCCUGCUAAUAUACGGACGGACCUUGGCGAUGCAAACUGGAAAACGAGGCUCGCUU